UAAAGGGACCUUAAAGUUCAUCCCGUGCCACGUCCUGCCGUGGCCAGGGACACCUUCCACUUUCCCAGGGUGCUCCAAGCCCCAAGUAUUCAACCUGGCCUUGAAUGCUUCCAGGCAUGGGGCUGCCACCCCCUGAAUCAGAACCUCAAAUGCUUUCAGUAUAAUACAUGAUCUGUGUAGUUUUACUUUCACGAAGGCUCACAGCUGUCAGGGAGAGGGAGGUCCAUCAAUGACAGCGGGGUAGCACAAUGGAAACUGAUUUUCCCCUUCUCCGGAGUGUCUGCAUGUUUUGUAGUGGCUGUACCCCACCUCUAAUCAUCAGUCAGUCACCCUGAAAAAUGCAGCUCAGUCAGUCCCGCCUGAGGGACCUCAAUGCAUAGGUAACAGUGGAACCAACAGGAAAAGAGAAACUGUCAGAAGUAGAGAUGAUGAAAGAGGACAGGGAUCACAGAUUCCUGCUGACGGUCUGUCAUUCCCAGGAAGUCUUCACUGUUCUGCUGGGGCUCUGCUCUCACCACCACCCAGGUGCUGCAAUGGCUGCGGGAGUUUUGCUGCAAAAUGAGCAACCAUACUCCUCACUGAUAGAGAGCAGUGUGUAUCUGGCAAAUAUGAGUUCAGGGAGCUCGAGGCGCCCCACAGCCAAGUACACGAAGGUGGGGGAGCGGCUGCGCCACGUCAUCCCCGGGCACAUGCAGUGCUCCAUGGCCUGCGGCGGCCGUGCCUGCAAGUACGAGAACCCCACGCGCUGGGCCGAGCAUGAGCAAGCUAUCAAGGGGCUCUACUCCUCCUGGAUAACAGAUAACAUCCUGGCUAUGGCUCGACCCUCAACAGAAUUAAUUGAAAAGUACAACAUUAUUGAGCAGUUUGAAAGAUGUGGCAUAAAAACCAUAAUUAACCUUCAGCGUCCUGGAGAGCAUGCGAGCUGUGGGAACCCCCUGGAGCAGGAGAGCGGCUUCACCUACCUUCCUGAAGCCUUUAUGGAGGCUGGCAUUUAUUUUUAUAAUUUUGGAUGGAAGGAUUACGGAGUGGCAUCUCUCACGACUAUCCUUGACAUGGUAAAGGUGAUGUCUUUUGCCCUGCAGGAGGGGAGGGUGGCUGUUCACUGCCACGCAGGACUUGGGAGGACAGGUGUUCUAAUAGCUUGCUACUUAGUUUUUGCCACCAGAAUGAGUGCUGACCAAGCAAUUCUGUUUGUCAGAGCCAAAAGGCCCAAUUCCAUCCAGACCCGAGGGCAGCUGCUGUGUGUCAGGGAGUUCUCCCAGUUCCUGGUCCCUCUCCGCAAUGUCUUUGCAUGCUGUGAGCCCAAGGCACAUGCAGUUACCCUGUCCCAGUACCUGACCCGCCAGAGGCACCUGCUCCAUGGCUACGAGAGCAGGCACCUCAAGCAUGUGCCAAAACUCAUCCACCUGGUGUGCAAGCUGCUGCUGGACCUGGCUGAGAACAGACAGGUGGUAGAGGCAGAGCUGCUGGACAUCCCAGACCUCUCAGCUGAGAUUGAGAAGACCGUGUCCCAGCUGGCAUCCACGGAGCUCGAGCGGGAGCUGGCCAGGCACGACAGCGACACGUCGGACUCGUCCAACACCCACUCCUCUGCUCUCGACAGCCAGGACUCACACUCCUCCCUGGGAUACGAAUGUGAUGCUUUCUGUAAAAGAAGGAAUGUCGAAUUCCUUCAGCCUCUUACUCAUCUGAGAAGGCGUCUGAGCUACAGUGAGUCAGACCUAAGGAGAACUGAGUUUCUUUUGGAACAGGAUGACACUGCCUGGACAGUGCCUGCUCAGAUCUUAGUGAACAACAAACCCAAGCAGAACAGUGGGGAGGAAUGUUCUGCCACAGGUGAGGCAAAGCCACAGCUGGAGUUAAACAAAGAAGCAUUAGUGCGUAACACAUGCAUGUUCUGGAGUCAAGGGAGAUUUCGUUUGGAUGGACGAAGGGAUGGCUCCUAUCACAGAAAGAGCUUUGCCAAAGAAGUACAACGCAGCAGGACCUUUUCCUCAGACCUUGCGUCCAUGCACGAUCCCAGGGAACCUGGGAUGCCAAGGCACAGCUUUGCCAACGAGACUGCUCACAGGAAGGACCACAAGACCAAUAUAUAUGGCAGGAGAGUGUAUCUCUCUGAGGACUCUGACUCUUCUUCUUCCUCUUCUAAAGUGAACUUUUCCAUUGGAUAUGAAAGCGAGAGUAGCAGAGAGCUGUCAGAGACAAUUCCACACAUUGUUCUGCAGUCAGAAUUAAGUUUGGAAGCCCGAAGAGUUUUGGCAGCCAAAGCACUUGCAGAUAUAAAUGAAUUUCUGGGAGAGGAUGAAGUGAAGCAGAAGGUAGAAAUGUGGCAGAAAGAACUGAAUUCUCAAGAUGGAGCUUGGGAUAAAAUCUGCACCGAGAGAGAUCCUUUUAUCCUCUGCAGCUUGAUGUGGUCAUGGAUAGAGCAGCUGAAAGAACCUAUUAUAUCCAAAGAUGAUAUUGACAUGCUGGCAAAAAAUUGCACAAAAUCCCAGGAUGCGCUCUACUUGCUGAGAAAGGAGCAGUAUCAGACCAUCCUUUGUAUUUUACACUGUGUGGUGAAACUGCAGGUGCUGCCAGCUGACGUGGAGGAGGCCGUACUUGCUCGUGCUAUUAAAGCUUUCACCAAGACAAGCUUCAAUUCUGAGAAUGGGCCAUAUGUUUACAAUACCUUGAAAACUGUAUUUAAACAAGCACUGGAAGAAAAAAGGAAAAGGAUUAAAGAAGGAACAGAGAAUCUCUCUUGAUUUCUACACAGCUCUGCCGAAGCAUUAGAUGGGCCUACCAAAUUAUUUUGCAUUUUCCAGCUACUGUAUUUUGUGCUACCAGGCAUGAUCUACUUAACUUUAGGUAAUAGAAGUUAUUAACAAAUAAUUUUAAUUUUUUAGAGGGAGUUUUAGUGACAGUUGUUCAGUCUACAUAGUUUUAAAGAACGGCUCCAUGUGACCAUUCUCUGUAGCUUUUUGUUUCAGGUACUGUUCUUUUUUGUGUGAAGGGUUCUCCUGUUCUCAGAUGUGUUUAUUGAUUUGGAAACCUCUGUUAUUGGCAAGAAACAUUAUUGUCAAGUUAUAUGACUGCCAUAAGUUCAGUGCCAUGAUGCCCAAAGGUUUAAUGGAUUAAUAUUUAUGUAUUCCAUAUGUUUACAUUAAUGAUAUUUGAUUUUACUUUGCAGAAAAUAAAUAUUGACUGAACCUGUGAAA